AUGUCUGCCGCCACUCUUCUCGCCGAGUUUCGUCGUCUUUGCGUUCUUCAUCAAGCCGCCCCAGGACGCGCCAAGAUCCCCGAGAAGUGGGAUGCCUUGUGCCGACAGUGGUGGUCCGAGACUCGCGAUGCAGAUGAGGCCGAGAACGAGGAGGCCGACUGGUCUCGCUUGAUUCAGGAAGCCAUCCCCCCCGAGCAGCUGGACCAGGCCCUGGCCCUCAUAUAUGAACCGGACAUUGACGAAGUGACUGGCGAUGCCUUGAUCCGUCUCAACCGGGCGUGUUUGUCUCUGGGGCUCACCAAGCCGACUUUCUUUCUUGUUUUCGGGGCCAACAUUGCCAAGUCGACGCAAAGUCUGAAGUACCUUUCCGGGUUAUGCAAUCCGAGAUCUGCCCCGGGCUCCGGCCACUCCCCUCACGCCGUCAUCGCCGCCGUGCGCCUGGCCAUGACGCUCCGUCACAAGUCUGCCCGCGCGUUCCCCGUCCCAGUCGUAAGGGACGUCACCACCGCCCGCAAGAGCCUCCAAGCUGCUGCAGCAGCAGUUCCCGCCGCCGCUCUCGCAGAGGAGAAUGUGGAGGAGCCACGCGCUGUCUUCUCUGAGGAAGCCCGCGACAACAUCAGUGCCGAGGCCCUGCAGCCCUUCCCCUUCCCCAACCCCUUUGACGCCUCCCCCAUCCGCUCCCCCCGCAUCCGCUCCCCGCUCAUCCUCCCCAUCCGCUCCCCCCGCAUCCGCUCCCCGCUCAUCCACUCCCCCCAAUUUAACUGGCCGGAGAAUGACCUAUUGUCCGAGCUCGCGGAGGACACCGCCGCUCUGAAUCUCGGCGCGCCAGAGAACGAGGAUGAGGAGAUGGAGGACGCCGCGACGGGGCUUCCCGAGACUGAAGAGGAGGAAGAGGAAGAAGACCUGACCGAUCAUUGGGUUAGACUCUGUCGGGAGCUGUCCGACCUCCCAAUCCCCAAUUGGGCGAAGGGUAGCACGAACAUGACGUUUCAGGGCUGUCGUGUUUUAGCAACUGCGGUUGUCACCCGUGUUCUCGAGAUCGAGGCCGCUGAAAAGGACAUGGCGCGUGAGGAGAGGGCUGCUCCCCAGCAGCAGCAGCAUCAGCAUCAGAACCACCGCCGGUAA